AUGGUUAAGUGCAGACAUCGCAAGGGCCCAAAUGAGGGUGACGAAGAUCAAAAUAAGAGUUAUGAAGGUCAGAAUAAGGGUCUCGAGGAUCAGAAUAUUGGUCAUGAGGGUCAGAUUAAGGGUCUCGAGGGUGAGAUUAAGUGUCACGAGGGUCUUCUGGGUCGCGAGGGUCAGAUUAAUGGUUGUAAGGACUCCAAGAUUAAGAGUCGCAAGGGUCAAAAUAAGGAUCACGAGGGUCAAAAUAAGAGACAUAAAGGUCAUGAAGGUCGUGAGGUGUCUCCCGCACUGCCCCUCGUCGAUGUUGUACGGGGUCGAGACCCCGAUAGGGACAGGAAGAGGGAGCACAUAUGUGAUAGAGAGUCCCAUCAGUCCGGCCAGGAGCGAGAAACGAGAGAAACCCGGGAAAAACACAGAGACAGGGAGCGGGACAGACUGCGGGAACGGGAACGUGACGUAUCGGUCUGUGGAAUUGAACCACCUGAUCCCGUUUUCGUAUCGUCCUCAGCGGCUCUACUCGCGCUGCAGAGGAUAAAGGAGGCCUCGCUGGUAUUUCACAAGCGGCCGACGCUGACACCAGGAAUUGGAUUGGGCGGACGUGGUAACAGCGGGGUUACCAGUAACGGUGGUAGUCUCGGUGUUGACGCUGACUGUGGUGAUGCCCUCAAGCGGCGCAAGGUCCACAGGUGCGACGUCGCCGGAUGUGACAAGGUUUACACCAAGAGUUCGCAUCUCAAGGCGCACAAGAGGACACAUACCGGUGAGAAGCCGUACCAGUGCACGUGGGAGGGCUGCACGUGGAAAUUCGCCCGCUCGGACGAGCUCACACGGCAUUAUCGAAAACACACGGGACAAAAACCAUUCAAGUGCCAUUUGUGCCAGAGAUCAUUCUCCAGGAGUGAUCAUCUGUCACUGCAUAUGAAGAGGCACUGACCGAUGUACCAUUUCAUCACUGGGUAUAUUGUACAUUUUGAAUACAUCACGAGAGCUCAUGCUGGACGAGUUGACGUUUUACAUUCGGGACCUGAGAACAAUUUUUUUUUCUUUCUUCUCUCAAUUAAAUUGAGGAUUUAUGAUGAUUAAUAGGUGACAAAUUUUCAAACGGAUCGAUUCAAGUUCACUAGGAUUUUAGGGCUUGCGUAGGUUAUUUACGAUUAGAGGAGUUGCUCGAGCUUGUUGAAUUACGACUCGAUUAUAUUCAUAUUUAAUUUAAAAAUCAUAUUUAUAUUUUUUUUUCUCACGCGGUUUUUACGUAAGGCCAGCUCAACUAGUCUAGAGCAAUUUUAUCAAUCUUAAUGUUACGGAGAAUAAGAUGAAAUGGAGCCAGUAAAAUGUUUAAUUCUAA